GGCUUUCCCCCCCUCUCUCUCUCUCUCGCUGAAUAUUUUUCCUCAGUAAUGAAAUCGUGGGAAAUUUAGAGAGAGAAAAGAAAAGGGAAAAGUCCUAUAGACCUCGGUGUCCCUCCUGCCUCUCUCUCUCUCUCUCUCUUCAUUCUCUCUCUGCCGCCCUGAAUUCCCACCUGAGAUCAACAAAAAGCACCUGAAAUCAAACUACCCAAUUCAAAAUUCGAAAACUUUCCGGCGAUCAAUCUCAGAUUCUGUGAUUCCGUUGGUGAAAUUCCGCCAUAACCAUUGGCAGAGGGAGAAAACAGACGGGACAAAAAACAGAUUGUUAUUUUUUUGUAAGAAUUCUGACGUCAGAAGACGAAAGAAGAAGAGGAGAAGCAUUGAAUUCUCCGUCAAUAUCCUCUGUUUUGGAUUGUUUCUCAGGUAAUUAAACUGAAAGAGGGGAAGGAGGAUUAGAGAGAGAAGAAGAGGAAGAGGGGUGGGCACCUUCAUUCAUGGCGGCUGCUGCUCUGUGCUGAUUCAUCAAGAAGCAAGAGCUUUUUGACUUCAGGUCGUGACGCUCUUUUGAGAAUCCUUGUUGAAAGAAAGAUCUCUCUAAACUUUGAAGCAAAACCUCAUUGCUUCUUCGUUUAGAGAGGGCAGACGGAGAGAUAGAUCGACGAAGAAGCACCCAUCGAGCAAAGAAAUGGAGCAGUUCAGGCACGUAGGGGAAGUCCUGGGAAGCUUGAAAGCACUAAUGGUGCUCCAGGACGACAUUCAAAUCAACCCGCGCCAGUGCGUUCUCCUGCACCAGAUGUUCACCUCGGCAUUCGACACGAUCGCCGAGGAGAUCAGGCACAACCUGACCCUGGAAGAGAAGAACACGAAGUGGAAGCCAUUGGAGGAGCCGCUGAGGGAGCUGCACAGAGUGUUCAAAGAAGGAGAGCUCUACAUCCGCCAUUGUAUGGACAACAACAAGGACUGGUGGGGGAAAUCCCUCUCCCUCCACCAAAACAAAGACUCCGUCGAGUUCUACGUCCACAACCUGCUCACCUGCUUCCAUGCUGUCGUCGAGGCCAUCGAGAGCGCGGGAGAGAUCUCUGGACUGGAUGAGGCAGACAUGAAGAGGAAAAGAGUGAUGCUGUCGAAAAAAUACGACCGAAGCUGGUACGACCCCAAGCUGUUCCAGUGGAGAUUCGGGAGGCAGUACUUGAUCCCAAAAGAGAUAUGCUGCCAGUUCAAAGCUGCCCUGAGAGAAGACAAGUGGCAUCUCAUCGAGAAGCUGAAGGAGAAGAAAGCUUCCGGCUUGAUUACGAAGAACGAGCAUCGUGUUGCCGAUCUGCUGCUGAAGAAGCUCAAUAGCGUCGAGAAAGUUAACGGAAAGCUCCCACCGAGCUCGAUCUUAUUAGGAGCCGAAGAUUACAAAGUGAGGAGAAGGCUAGGGGAAGGAAGCCAGUACAAGGAGAUCCAAUGGCUAGGGGAAGGAUUUGCAAUGAGACAUUUGCAGCACGAGAUUGAGCCUUUGAGCUCCGAGAUAUAUGAUCUAAUGUCCUUAGCUCAUCCCAACAUAGUCCAGUACUUCUGUGGAUUCUACGACGAGGAUAAAAAGGAAUGCUUUUUAGUAAUGGAGUUGAUGAGCAAGGAUUUGCAUUCUUACAUGAAGGAGAACAGCAGUCCGAGGAAAAGGGUUCUUUUGCCUCUCCCCAUUGUUGUGGAUAUCAUGCUUCAGGUUGCUAGAGGGAUGGAGUACCUCCAUUCGAAGAAGGUCUACCAUGGAGAUCUGAACAUCACCAACAUAUUUCUCAAGCCGAGGAAAGCCACAGAGGGGUAUUUCAUGGUCAAAGUUUCAGGCUUUGGACUCGCGAGAGUGGAAAGCCAACCUCUGAGGCAUGCUUCGGCGACCUCAGAUGCAAUCGAUCCAACCAUCUGGUAUGCGCCAGAGGUGCUAGCGGAACAAGAGGCUACCGCUGCUGCAGCAGGGAACAAUUCAAGGUUGAAUAGCAAGUACACGGAGAAGGCCGAUGUCUAUAGCUUUGGAAUGCUGUGUUUCGGCCUGUUAACAGGGAAGCUUCCAUUCGAGGACGGGCAUCUCCAUGGUGAUCAGAUGAUCAAGAACAUUCGAGCUGGGGAGAGACCGUUGUUCCCAUUUCACACACCGAAAUACCUUGUGAACUUAACAAAGAAGUGCUGGCAUAGAGAUCCAAGCUGCAGGCCGAGCUUCUCCUCUAUUUGUAGGGUUCUUCGAUACGUGAAGAAGUUCCUGGUUAUGAAUCCUAGUGAUGGACAGCCGGAUAUGCAGAUGCCGCCUGUCGACUACACCGAACUGGAAGCUGGGUUUCUGAAGAAGUUCCCUGCUGAACCGACCUGCGAUUCAAGCUCGGUUUCUCAGAUUCCAUUUCAGAUGUUCGCUUACAGGCUGGCAGAGAGGGAGAAGAUGACGUCGUCAUGUGGUGUAAAGUUCAAGUCGACUGAGGCAGGGAAUGAAGAGCCUCUUACCCUUGCAGCAGGUGAGGAUCCAAUUGUGUUGCCAGCAGCGGAUGAACCGAAGAUCGUAAAUUUUGAUGCGAAGUCCGUUUGUGUUGUGAAUCCGGAGAAGAUGACCACGUCGGAUGCGAGGUCAGUGAUAUCGGAGCCGCCGAACAAUGAAACAGUCCCUGCUGCUUCUGCUGCUGCUGCCGUGGCAAGAAAACCAGCCAAUGUUAAGGUGAAGAAAGCUCCAGGUGUUAAACCGAAAGUGAAAACUCCGGUGAGGUCAUCGCCAGUGAGAUCUUCUGCGACGUGGAGUCCAACUGGUCGGAAAUUGAGGAUGAAUGCUGCAAAAGACAGUCCUAAGAGAACAACAAUGAGUUCACAAAAUCCAGGGAAAGGGGUAUUAUGAAGAAAGAUGAUGAAUGCGCAGAGGAUUGAUCAAUAGUGUUACCUUCACCAUUUUUCCAUCCCUCUCCUUGGUUUUUGUUUCUGUAGGAAGAAUAUGAAUGAGUCAAUCAAAUAUUGUCAGAAAGGAGAUAGAAGUGCCUCAGUGAGUGUUACCUGACUUUCCCUGUAGCAGUGUAAUUUGAUUUCUUCACGAUAGAAGUGCCUCAGCAAGUGUUACCUGACUUUCCCUGUAGCAGUGUUACCUGGAUUUGAUUCCUUGUCAUUUCAGGAUUUCAGUAAGCUAAAAUCAAGAGCAAAAAAGUUGAGGAAAACAAAAUCUAAAGCCAACAGAGAUUGUUCCAAAACUUGCUUGUCAUUCUUUAUCAGGACAAGACAUGUCCAGUCACCAGUGUACAAACUCAAUACAAGGCUCAUU